CCAUUCCUGCAGAACUACAAGGCUGCAGUGGAUAGAGUCCAGCAGCGCCCCUUGCUGGAUGAUCCACAGCUGAUGUCAGGAGCUCUGAUAGAUGUGGCCAAACAUCUGGGUAACCUGAGCUUCAACAUCUGGAACAAGAUGGAGGAGAGGGUCUCCUACACGCCUGUGAUUCUGGAUCCUAACACUGCUCAUCCUGAACUUAUCGUGUCUGAAGAUCUGACCGAUGUGAGAUGUGGAGAGACACAGAAGCUCCCUGACAACCCAGAGAGGUUUGAUUCCUUCAUCUCUGUCCUGGGCUCUGAGGGCUUUGACUCCGGGACUCACAGCUGGGACAUGGAGGUUGGAGACAGUGGAGUCUGGAUUCUGGGUGUAGCACACAACAGAUGCACACACAGUGAUACAAUUCCUUGA